AUGUUCGACGAUGCAGCGAUGGCUGCCAAGCUGCCUGCCGCAGUCGUUCAGCGCUUCAACGAGUGCUUGAUCACAGGUGCUCCUACAACGGAGGAGGACCAGAAGGCUAUCUCUGAAGCGAUCUUCGAGUGGGCCUGGGAGCGAGGGGCCAUAGACUUUGCCCACUGGUUCUUCCCUCUUCGCGGCAGCUUGGCAGAAACCUAG